GCCUGUAUAUUUAGUGUGUAUAUCUUGAAAUUUAAACUAAAAUUUUGUUUUAGUUCACUUUGUCUAAAUUUAAAGUUCAACAGCAAAAUUAUUUUGUAUCUUUCAUUUCAUUUUACAGGUUUGAAUCUAUUAGAAUGUGAUUAUCCUCAAUUUGGCAGCUGGGAAAAAAGUCAAAAGAAGUUUACAGAAAUAUUUGAAUCAAAAACACAAGAAGAAUGGUGUAAAAUAUUUGAUUAUAAAGAUGCUUGUGUAACUCCAGUUCUUUCAAUGAAAGAAGCCCCUUUUCAUUUUCAUAACGAUGCACGUAAAUCUUUCACAAGUUUAGAUGGGCAGAAUUAUUUUCCUCAGCCUGCUCCCAUUUUGUCCAGGACACCUGGUGUUGUAGCUGAAAAAGAGCCAUUAUAUGGUGAGCACACUAUCGACAUAUUAACCAAAAUCGGAUACAAUGACGAUGACAUAAAACAGUUCCUGAAAAAUGGUGUAGCAAUGUCUAAUAAUAUUACUUCAAAAUAUUAAUUUUAUAUAUGUAAUUGUAAU